AUGUUAUUGGGGCGGCCUUUAGAAGGAAUUUGGCACAGCGGCAUUCAACUCAACCAACUCGAGUACUUCUACGAGUUUUGUCGCUUCUUACUGGGUAGGGAUUUGCCUGCAUAUAUAACGCAGCAGGUGCAGCAAAUAGCAGAGACACCUGUGGGGCGUAUGCUGCUGCCGAUGCUGCAGCAGCAGCAGCAGCUGCAGCAGCAAGCAGCAAUAGCAGCAGGACAGUCUACCCUAUGGACUGCAGCACAAUAUCAGCAGCGUCAGCAGCAGCAGCAGCAGCAGCAGCCGCAGCAGCAGCAGCAGCAGCUUCCUGCAGCAACAACACCUUUUUCAGGUUUGCUGCGGGAUGUCUGUACAUCAGAGGAGUUGGUGAAGAGCAGCAAACUGCUGUUUCUGCUGACUUUACAAACAAUUAUUAAGAAUAUUAAUAAGCCUUUAAAAGAAGUGCAGCAGAAGCAUCUGCUGCUGCAGAGCAGCAACACAAUACUACAGACAAAAGUGCUGCGAAUAAGCAGAGGAAGAGAGGCGCUUAGCCUAAUUGGGUUUAAACCUGUUGCUGCUGCUGCUGCUGCUGCUGCAGCAGGAGAAGCAGCAGGAGAAGCAGCAGGAGAAGCAGCAGCAAAAGGAGAAGGAGCAGCAGCAGGAGAAACAGCAGCAGCAGCAGCAGCAGCAACAACAGCAACAGCAGCAGCAGCAACAGAGGAGACAUUCCGUUUUACUCUAUACGACUCUGAAGAUGAGCAGGUUGUGCAGCAGCAGCUGCAGCAAAAGCAGCAGGAACUCGCUGCUUUUAUUGCUGCUCUGUCUCCUGCUGCAACAGCAGCUCCUGCUGCAGCAACGGCUCCUGCUGCAGCAGCAGCUCCUGCAGCAGCAGCAGUGCCUUUGGGCCUGCAGGGUCAGCAGCAGCAGCAGCAGCAAUAUCAGUUCCAGCUGCAGCAACUUGAGGCUAUGGGCUUUACAGACAGACAAAGAAAUAUUGCGGCAUUGGAGGCGGCGAAGGGAAAUCUAAAUGCUGCAAUUGAUAUACUAAUAGGAUAG